CUUCAAUAGUCGCUCUUUUCUAGUUUGUUUUUAAGUGGCCUGAUCCGAGUGCUUAGAACAUUCAGUAUGUUCUUGUGAAGAUUUCGAGGUCAUACCAUUCGUCACGUGUUCGUUAAAGUCGACGGCCUAACCGAGGUCUAUUCAAAGUACAGUCAGGCAUAACCCAUCAGUUCGACAUUUUGAAGGCAUUUGAAAGUCGCUCUUUCAAGUGUUAGAUUCUAAAGAAGUUGUUGAAGAUGACUGAAGCAUCGAACGCUUCUUACCCGUCGUCCUUGGACGUUCUAUUUGAUGGGACGUCGCCGUUGAGGGAGCAGUAUGACCCGGUCAAACUAGCGGAUGCAGAGAUUGUCCCCAUCCUCCAGCUUCCACUGGCUGGAGAACUGCUGGGACACAACUCUGCAGAUGCGAGUGCUAUCAGCCGCGUCUCCAACGGCGAGAUAUGCUAUACCACCUUCCUGACCGAGAAGGCGAAAGCUACGGCUCAGAUGCCAUUUGAUGGGCUUACUUCUGAACAGCAACGGUCACAGAUCCUCCAUAUUGGUCUGGCGGCUCUGUUUAGCUUUAUGCAAUCCAACAUUACCGGCCCGCCGUUGGAUUUUAACUCGGCGGAUGUGGUAUUCCCUAAGGCUCUCCACUCAGAUGCCACCAAGCUCCGGGCUGUCCGCAAUCACAUCAUCCGUGAACUAUCUGUAGACGGAGAAGCCGCCUACAAGCUGACGCCGAAUGUUGAGCUCUUUGCUGUUGCGAAGGCUCUUCUUGUUGAUGCUGACAUCCUCGUGCCUGACGGACCGUUGGUGGCGAGGACGACGAGAGUGCGCGUCAAUUUCCUUCACCAGAAGAUGCUGUCUGAAGCUACUAGCACAUUACAGGAUGCCAUCUAUAGUGACUUGGACGAGUUGAGCAAGAUGCUGCUUAGUGAAAAGUCUGUAUUCUCUACUGCUCAAGAGAAAGGACGCUUCCUUGUGGAGAGGGCGACUAUCCACACCCACCAUGGCUUUGACGCCAAGGCUCGGUCAGAUCUUGAGCAGGCUGCUGCAGUCAGAAAAUUUGAGUUUGCAUUGACUGGAAGACUGGGAAAAAGGACGAAGUUCCAAGAACAUGAUAUCAGCCAGCUGGUCGUCUUGGCAAAGAGAUACCCCCAAGCAGGACCUAAGAACCUAGACCUCAACGAUGAUACACUUCUCGAAAGCAUAUCCUUCACCAAGGACGCUCGGACAUCAAAAGACAAGUCGACGACUGUCCAGGAAGAAUCCACGCUUCCCCCAGCUUUGCACUCUCUUGACCCCGGCAACCAACCAAUGCUGGACCCUGUUGACUCUGCCAUUUUGCUGGGUUUGGCUUCCGCAAUCACGAACACGUCACCGGAGAACGGUCUGACUCGGGAAGAGACCCACCCCUACGCUAUCCGUGUCCUUGAAGGGGGUAGUUCCAACUGGCAGGUAUACACUCAAGCUUUGUUAGUCCGAAGCCGUGUCGAAGGAUACCGAGCUCGUACCGUAGAAAGAUCUGUUCUGCAGAUGCAAGCGCUUGUUGACCAAGUCAUUGCAGACACAGCAACUCUUGAUACUCAAGCUACCGAAAAUGGUGACCAGGCUACCACAUUCCUCCCAAGACCCGAGAAAUCCGAGUCUGCUUCGGCCGCUGAAAGACUAGAGUACAUCUGGCUCUUAAACUCUCCUACUCGGUGGAGUCUCGAAGCUGAGUUGGCUCAACGCUGGGUCAACCUUGGCGGUCUGCGGACUGCACUGGACAUUUACGAACGCCUGCAGAUGUGGGCGGAGGCCGCUCUCUGCUACGCCGCCACAGACAGAGAAGAAAAGGCUAAGCAUAUCGUCCGCAGACAGCUAUAUGAGCCCACGGGUCCAGACCCAGAUGACGAGAACGAGAAGUUCGACGGGCCGGAACUGUCUCCUCUGCCUGUUGACGCCCCUCGCUUGCUCUGCAUCCUGGGUGACAUCGAUAGUGAUCCCACCAUGUACGAACGCGCAUGGGAGGUCUCAAACAACAGAUACGCACGCGCGCAGCGUUCCUUGGCCCGCCACUAUCUCUCGUUGAAGCCUCCUGCUCUCGAAAAGGCAGAGGAGGCAUACCGCAAGAGUCUCCACAUCAACCGUCUCAACCACAGCGCAUGGUUUGCGCUUGGUUGUGUACAGCUUGAACUGCAAAAAUGGGAGGACGCCAUCGAUUCAUUUACACGGACCGUGCAGCUCGAAGUCACGGACGCCGAAGCAUGGAGUAACCUUGCUGCUGCCAUCCUGCGAACCGCCAAACCCAGCGAAACCACCGAAACGGCAGAAGAGGAGCAACAGGACGCAGACGCCGAUGCCGACUCGGAAACCAAAAAAGCACCACAGGAUCCCUAUAAGCGCAAGCGCGAGGCCCUUGCUGCUCUGCACCGCGCCGCUCAGCUCAAGCACACCGAUGCUCGCAUUUGGGACAAUGUCCUGACCGUCGCAGCCUCGAUCCCUCCACCAGCUACACCAUUCCGCGAUGUGGUCACAGCCCAGAGACGGGUGAUUGAAGUUCUCGGCCCAAAGAACGGAGAAAACAUGCUGAUUGAGCACGUCGUCGACACCUACAACUACGAGGACCUCCUGAUCAAGGUCGACGAGAACGACGAGAAUUCGGAGCCCGUCGUCCGCAGUGGCACCAUCGCCGGCCAGGUCCUCUCCCUCGUCGACGAAUGCGUUGUGCCUCUCAUCACCCACUCGGCUCCGCUCUGGCUUCUCGUUGCCCGUCCCUCCAAGGCCUUUGAGGCGCAUGAGAAGGCCUGGCGAGCUACCGUUGCCUCGUGCACACAGGGCGCGUUCCAAAUGGGCGAUGCGAAGAAGUGGAUGGAUGUUGUCCGUGCAACUGAGAGGUUGUUUGGGCCUAUGGACAAAGAAGGCAAACAUGAGGGGGAGGCUGAGAUGGUUGCUAAGGACUGGCGAUUCAAGGCCCGCAGCGCUGACUUUUGGGAGGAGCUGCACUCCGAAGUGGGAAGUUCUUAGAUGUCAGACCUGAGAGAUGUCUUAUGCAAUUCAUGUCGGAUAGAAAUUUGAUUAGCGUUUAAGUAUGAAUAGAUCUGUCUUCGGUC